AUGCAAUUUUUGAGUCAGGCAAUGGGAAUUUCCGACUGCAUUAUCCUUUCAAUGGCACCUCUAGGCAUCGUCACCACUAUCGUCGCUGCGAUUAGAGUCGGGGGUCCGUCAUGGCUCAAAGCGUUGAUUGGGAGAGCAACUGAGAACCUCGCGGCUGCUGAACUAGAGCUCAUGUCUUCUAGCUCCAAUGAGGUGUGUGAGCUCUGGAACGGCAGAGACGUGGUUCGCUGUGCCGGAUCAGCUCCUGUUUGGGAGUUCAUUUGUUUGCUGCCUCGGACAGGAUUACCCAAGAACCCAAAAGUCAAGAUAAUGAGUUUGGAAGAUGCGGAGAACGACCCAUACUUCUAUAUAAAAAGAUACGAAGUUAUCAUUAUAAGAAAUCUCAAACAUGAUGUGCCAAAUAUUUCACACAACCGGCAUAGAAAUUCUGGUCGCGGCGAGCUAUACCUCGCUGCCUGUUUUGGUAUACUUUUACAAAUCGGCUUCAUUUUAUACUGCAGCUUCAUCGCACAAUACUCGAAAUUAAAACCCCACUUUCAAAAAGAUGAUCAUGCUGUUGCAAGUUACGCUUUUCCACUUACCAUUAUUGGCUCGGUGGUUCUGAGCAUUGGCAUGUUCAUUUGCUCUCAUGUCGUCGAGAGCAGCACCUUGGAGGAAACCUUUCAGCCAACAGAACAUUGGCGAGCCCGGCUUGUAUGGUUGCAACAAGAAAAAACUGUCGGCGACCAAGAGUUUAAAUCCUUUGCUCUCUAUACAGGAGAGGACCAGCCAAACAUUAUCACUUCGAGCAGAGCGGACCAUGGCAAAGAUUCUGAUGAAAAGCAACGACAGGGCUCAGAAGGGCUGAAAGACUUUACAAUCACGACAGUGGUUGGUACAGUUAUCAGCCUAGUUGGAUAUGUUGCUCAGUUCAUUGGAUUUCGAGGAAUGCAUUGGUCUGUCUCUGUGGCCUCUUUAAUUGCCGUCCUUACAAUGGCCACCGUGAGGGCAUGGAUUCGUCGCGGACUCGCAAAACCCAUGUUCUGCCGUGGCCUUCUUCCAGGAUUUGAGCUCGACUGGUUUGCGGAUUCCUUAAGAACUGUUGGCAAU